AUGAUCAAACCAGAAUUGAUGCGUCUUUACAUCUGGGAUUAUUCCCAGAAGGGAAAUAUAAUAAAUAUUGGAAUAAUGGCAUGCCCAGGAGCUGAUUUAUCUAAAAUUAAAACAGAAAUUGAUCAAGAUUCAAUUCUUGUUUCUUUACCUAAUGAGCCGCCCAUUAUUGCUGGUAAACUUUUCAUGCCAGUUAAAACUUCUAAGACUAAACUUACUGACAAAGGCCUUAUUAUUGCAUUAAUUACAGAUUCAGAAAAAGAAUGGCCAACAAUUGUUGUAGCUCCUCAUCCAAAAACACAACAACUUGAUCCGCUUACAGCAUUUUCUAUAUUCCAAGUGAAUAUGAAUAGCAAUAAUCCAGAUUUAAUUCAAGGUGCUUUACCACUUCUAUUUCUUUCCUCUGAUGUUGGUUAUCCACCAGCACUCAUAGCAUUUUACGAUAUAUUCCAUACAAGUUUAGGCAUGUCUCAAAAAGCAAAUGGAUAUUUGAAUUUGGCCAUGGAAAAAUACAAUUAUCCAAUUGCAUUUUUCAAGAAAGGCAUGGAAUUGUUACAAGAAUCAAAUGACGCAGAAAAAGCAAUCGAAUAUUUUACAAAAUCCGAAGAAUUCGGAUAUAUCUUUGCCAAAACACAAAUUGGUGCCAUUCUUUCUCCAUUAUCCAAAUAUACAUACUCUAAAAAGGAUGCUACGAAGGCUGCCCAGCUUUUCGAGAGUGUAUUAAAAGAAGAUGAAGAUAUUACAGCUUUGCACGAGCUAUCGAAGCUUCUUUAUACAGGAACAGGUGUUCCACAAGACAAGGCAAGGGCCAAAUCGAUGAUGGCUAAGGUAAAAUCAGCAAUUCCGGAUGUUCCUGAUUUAGAAAUUUUAGAUAAACCUGUUACAACAGCAGAAAAUCAUAAAUCUGCUGAAGAAAGUCCAUCAACAGAUAACAAAGAGAAAAAGAGUCCAAAUGAUGCCCUUCCUGCAAGAGUUACAGUGUUAAACAAAAAAGUAGAAAAUUUGAAUAAGAAAGUUGAUGAUCUUGCAACAAAAAUCGAUAUGAUAUUAAAUCUCCUUCAGAAUAAAUAA